UAGCAAAUCAAUUAGAACCUUUUAUAGUUCUCUGAAGUACUUAACCCGAAAUAUAUUACAAUGCUUGCUACCUUGGUUUUGAUUUGCUGUUUAUUUACGGCAUUUCUAUUCCUCUCCUUACCUGUUAUGUCUCAAGAAGUUGAAGAUGAGAGCGAGUUUAGUUACGACGAAAAGAGCGAGAAUGGACCAUCUAAUUGGGGAGACAUACACCCCGAAUGGAGUUUGUGCAACAAUGGAUCCAUGCAAUCGCCUAUUGAUCUAUUGAAUGAGAGGGUUCAAAUAGUAUCCCAUCUAGGGAGGCUUCAGAUGAACUACCAACCCUCUAAUGCCACUAUUAAGAAUAGGGGCCACGACAUCAAGCUAGAAUGGGUUGCUGGCGCAGGCUAUCUUCAAAUUAAUGAAACUGAGUACGUACUCAAACAAUGUCAUUGGCAUUCUCCCUCUGAACACACCAUAGAUGGCAAAAGGCUUGAUCUAGAGUUACACAUGGUGCAUGAAACUCCAUCAGGACAAUCUGCUGUGAUUGGAAUGCUCUACAAGAUUGGAAGUCCAGAUUCUUUCUUGUCAUCGUUAACGGAUCAUUUAAAGGCCAUUUCUGAUACAACGGAAGCAGAAAGAGUGGUGGGUGUAGUUGACCCUAGGCAGAUAAAAAUAUUCUACAAGCAGUAUUACAGGUAUAUAGGUUCACUGACAAUUCCCCCUUGCACCGAGAAUGUUUCUUGGACCAUCAUUAGAAAGAUACAAUCCGUUUCAAAGGAACAAGUUAGAUUGCUUCGAGUCGCUGUUCAUGAUGAAUCAGAUACUAACGCAAGGCCACUGCAACUAAUAAAUAACCGCUUGGUGAAACUCUAUGGGCGAAAAUAUACUAUUAAAGAUAAACAUUGAAAUUCAGGACAUUUGCAUUGCCGGUGCAAAUCCGACCAAAAGGUUGACUUGUAAUUGGUCGGAGAGUGAAUGCGUUUCCACAUGGACCAUGAGAUUGUUAAUCCUUUUUAUUUAUUUUUUCUUUGACGGGGAUGGAUUGUUAAUCGGUACUGUACUAUAUACGUUUAUCUGUAUAUCUUUUAAGUUUUUAUCCAAUAACAUUAUUAUUUUAAGCUAUUCCCAGUAUGUAACGUCAAA